GAUUGGCCAGCCACACUGGUAUGAGGAAGUCACCAACGAAAAACGACAUGCCAGUUAGCUAGCAAAACCAAAUUAUUUCCUUCACAUUUGUUUCUUUCAGGCAAACUCUUUGUGUUGAUACACAACCAAAAACAAUACGAUGUCGGGAAAUAUUAAAGAUAAAGAAGCUUUUCAGAGACUAAACUUUCUUUAUCAGGCCGCGCACUGUGUUUUGGCUCAGAACCCGGAGAACGUGGAACUAGCACGCUUUUAUUGUUUUACACAGAAGACUAUAUCCAAGCGUCUGGUGCUGAGGCAGGAUCCCUCAGUAAAAAGAACAAUGUGCAAGAAAUGCUACUCUGUGCUGGUACCUGGAGUUACUGCAACUGUAAGACAGAGAAGGAGCAGAAACCGGGAGUGUGUGACACUGGUGAGGUGUGUCAGCUGUGGCCAGACUAAGAGGUUCCGCAAUGACCCACAUCACCAGCUGUGGGUGGACCAGCCUGAGGCCCAACUGGAGAACCAACCACAGCUGGGACGAGGGUCCUCCUCAACAGCGACACCAAAAGAGACAGAAGCCAGCGGGCCUGCCACCUCUCAGAAACACUGCUGUGCCUCAAAGCCCAAUACUUGAUCAUGUUGCCUGCCUCUUCCAGAACCACAUAAAAUGGGACUUGUUCAGAAAAUGUUCAUUGUGCCAGUCAAGUGCACCUUCUCAAAGACCACUGGAAGAAAAAGGGUCAUUGAACAUUCUAACAAUCUCAAAGGCGCCUCAAUGUAAAAAAACUGCUACAUAUUUGUGUCCUUAUUUACAGGAUAGGUGUGGUCCUAGUUUCAAUUAUUUUAUUUUUCUUUGGCAAGUACUGAAUGGAGCGCACCCCCAUCCAGAAGAACCCAUUGGUUGAGGACCAGAUAUAUAAAUAUGGAUUCUAUUAUGGUGUUCUCAAAAACCCAGCCUCUAUUGAUCUACCAGUGUUGAGAGUGGAGAGAGAAUGUUUUUUUUUGGUUUGCCAUCUACAGGGACAAAGGGGAAUACACUGGGAGUGAAUCUGAGAUUGACAUUUUAUUGGGUUUGAGAACAAUGGUUUUAGUUUACAGGUAUUGAAGGGCUGUGGGGACGUGUAGCAGGGAUCUGGCCUUUAAGACUGAGUCGGGUCAUUCAGGCCGUGCAUGGGUUUUUUCCCAAUUCCCUGUACCCAGCUCCCCUGUUCCAGUGCUAGAUGUAAGAAGAACCACAGGAAUACAAGGUUUGAAAUGGUUUAUUUAUUAGGUAUUUCUUAGCUUGCAAUCUGUAAUUGUGAAACUGUGAAACAAAUUUCUUAAGGACGAUCUAGAACAGUUUCUUAUUUUUACUGUGAUUUACAAUGUAUAAAAUUCAUGAUGUACACUGAUUAAACAAUAGGCAAACAUUAAAUAUUUCUGUCCACGAGUAAA